AUGGGGCUGCCGCUAGCCGGCCUGGUGGCCGUCUGCCUGGCCCUGAGCUCAGCUGGGGGUGCGGAGCUCCAGAGAGAGGGCAGGACCCGGAACCAUGGCCACAGCGUCUGCAGCACUUGGGGCGACUUCCACUAUAAGACGUUCGACGGCGACAUCUUCCGCUUCCCGGGCCUCUGCGACUACAACUUUGCGUCUGACUGCAGGGACUCCUACAAGGAGUUUGCGGUGCACCUGAAGCGGGGCCUGGGACGAGAUGGGGCUCACCCCCAGCUCGACUACAUCCUGCUGAACAUCAAAGACGACACUAUCUACCUCACCCGCCAGCUGGCGGUGCUGAACGGGGCCGUGGUCAGCACCCCGCACUAUAGCCCCGGGCUGCUCAUUGAGAAGAGCGACGUCUAUACCAAGGUCUACUCCCGCGUGGGACUCACCCUCAUGUGGAACCGGGAAGAUUCCCUCAUGCUGGAGCUGGACAGUAAGUUCCGGAACCACACGUGUGGCCUCUGCGGGGACUACAACGGCCUGCACGUCUAUUCAGAGUUCCUCUCUGACGGUGUGUCCUUCAGUGCCAUCGAGUUUGGGAACAUGCAGAAGAUCAAAAAGCCUGGGGCGGUGUGUGAGGACCCCGAGGAGGAGCCCGCGGGAGAGUCCUGCUCUGAGCACCGCGCCGAGUGCGAGAGGCUGCUGACGGGCUCGGCCUUCGAGGACUGCCUGGGCCUGGUGCCGCUGGAGCUGUACGUGCAGGCCUGCGCGCAGGACCGCUGCCGGUGCCCGCUGGGCGCCUCCUGCGUCUGCAGCAGCCUCGCCGAGUUCUCCCGCCAGUGCUCGCACGCGGGCGGCCGGCCGGGCACCUGGAGGACCCCCAAGUUCUGCCCCAAGAGCUGCCCCGGGAACAUGGUUUACCUGGAGAGCGGCUCACCCUGCAUGGACACCUGCUCACACCUGGGAAUCAGCAACCUGUGUGAGGAGCACCGCAUGGACGGCUGUUUUUGCCCGGAAGGCACUGUGUACGAUGACAUUGCGGGCAGAGGCUGCAUUCCCGUCAGCCAGUGUCACUGCAAGGUCCACGGGCACCUGUACUUGCCCGGCCAGCAGAUCACCAACGACUGCGAGCAGUGCGUCUGCACCGCCGGCCGCUGGGUGUGCAAAGACCUGCCAUGCCCAGGCACCUGCGCCCUGGAGGGCGGCUCCCACAUCUCCACCUUCGACGGGAAGAAGUACACUUUCCACGGGGACUGCUACUACGUGCUGGUCAAGGGUGACCACGACUCCUAUGCCCUCCUGGGUGAGCUGGCCCCCUGCGGCUCCACGGACAAGCAGACCUGCCUGAAGACGGUGGUGCUGCUGACCGACAAGAAGAAGAACGUGGUGGCCUUCAAGUCGGACGGCAGCGUGCUGCUGAAUGAGCUGCAGGUGAACUUGCCCCACGUGACUGCCAGCUUCUCCAUCUUCCAACCAUCCUCCCACCACCUCGUGGUGAACACCGCCUUCGGCCUCAGGCUGCAGGUGCAGCUGGUGCCCGUGAUGCAGCUGUUUGUGACGCUGGACCAGGCCGCCCAGGGGCGCGUGCAGGGCCUCUGCGGGAACUUCAACGGCCUGGAAGGGGAUGACUUCAAGACGGCGGGCGGGCUGGUGGAGGCCACGGGGGCCGGCUUCGCCAACACGUGGAAGGCCCAGUCGAGUUGCCACGACAAACUGGACUGGCUGGAGGACCCCUGCUCCCUCAACAUCGAGAGCGCCAACUACGCGGAGCACUGGUGCUCCCUGCUGAAGAAGACAGAGACCCCCUUCGGCAGGUGCCACUCAGCCGUGGACCCCUCGGAGUAUUACAAGAGGUGCAGGUACGAUACGUGUAACUGCCAGAACAGCGAGGACUGCAUGUGCGCCGCCCUGUCCUCCUACGCCCGCGCCUGCGCCACCAAGGGCGUCAUGCUGUGGGGGUGGCGGGAGCAAGUCUGCAACAAGGACGUGGGCUCCUGCCCCAGCUCACAGAUCUUCCUGUACAACCUGACCACCUGCCAGCCCACCUGCCGCUCGCUCUCCGAGGCCGACACCCACUGCCUCAAGGGCUUUGCGCCGGUGGACGGCUGCGGCUGCCCCGACCACACCUUCCUGGAUGAGAAGGGCCGCUGUGUGCCCCUGGCCAAGUGCUCUUGCUAUCACCGCGGCCUCUACCUGGAGGCCGGGGCAGUGGUCCUGCGGCAGGGGGAGCGAUGCGUUUGCCGGAACGGCAGGCUUCAGUGCAUUCAGAUCCAGCUGAUCGGCCUUCGCUGUCAGGCCCCAAAGAUCCACAUGGAUUGCAACAACCUGACAGCGCUGGCCAUCCAGAACCCGCGACCCACCAGCUGCCAGACGCUGGCUGCCGGCCACUACCAGACGGAGUGCAUCAGCGGCUGUGUUUGCCCGGACGGGCUGCUGGAUGACGGCCGCGGCGGCUGCGUCGUGGAAGAGCAGUGUCCCUGUGUGCACAACAAGGACCUGUACUCCCCUGGGGACAAGAUCAAGGUGGACUGCAACACCUGCACCUGCCGGAGGGGCCGCUGGGCGUGCACGCAGGCCGUGUGCUACGGCUCCUGCUCCAUCUACGGAAGUGGCCACUACAUCACGUUCGACGGAAAGCACUACGACUUUGAUGGACACUGCUCCUACGUGGCGGCUCAGGACUACUGUGGCCAGAACUCCUCACUGGGCUCCUUCAGCAUCAUCACCGAGAAUGUUCCCUGUGGCACCACGGGCGUCACCUGCUCCAAGGCCAUCAAAAUCUUCAUGGGGAGUCUGGAGCUGAAGCUGGAGGGCAAGCACCGCGCGGUGAUCCAGCGAGACGUGGGCCACCACGUGUCCUACACCACGCGGGAGGUGGGCCAGUACCUGGUGGUAGAGGCCAGCGUGGGCGUCAUCGUCAUCUGGGACAAGAGGACCACCGUCUUCAUCAAGCUGGCGCCGUCCUACGAGGGCACGGUGUGCGGGCUGUGUGGGAACUUCGACCGCCGCUCCAGCAACGACUUCACCACGAGGGACCACAUGGUGGUGGACAGCGAGCUGGACUUCGGGAACAGCUGGAAGGCGGCUCCCACCUGCCCAGACGUGAGCUUCACCCCAGAGCCCUGCGCCCUGAGGCCGCACCGCCUCUCCUGGGCCAUGAAGCAGUGCAGUAUCAUCAAGAGCCGGGUCUUCGCCGUCUGCCACAGCAAGGUGGACCCCAAGCCAUUCUACGAGGCCUGCGUCCAUGACUCGUGCUCCUGCGACACGGGCGGGGACUGUGAGUGCUUUUGCUCUGCCGUGGCCUCCUACGCCCAGGCGUGCACGAAGGAGGGGGCCUGCGUGUUCUGGAGGACGCCAGACCUGUGCCCCAUCUUCUGUGACUACUACAACCCCCCGGACGAGUGCGAGUGGCACUACGAGCCGUGUGGGAACCGCAGCUUUGAGACCUGCAGGACGGUCAACGGGAUCCACUCCAACAUCUCCGUGUCCUACCUGGAGGGCUGCUACCCACGGUGCCCCAAGGACAGGCCCAUCUACGACGAGGACAAGAAAAAGUGCGUCACGGCCGACCAGUGUGGCUGCUACGUCGAGGACACCCGUUACCCACCUGGAGCGUCCGUGCCCUCCGACAAGGACUGCCAGUCUUGCAUGUGUACCAACUCCUCGGAAGUCGUCUGCCGGCCCGAAGAAGGGAAGAUUCUCAACUAUACUCAGGAUGGGUCUUUCUGCUACUGGCUGAUCUGCGGGCCCAACGGGACGGUGGAGAAACACUUCAACGUCUGCCAGCCUACCUCGCCUCCCUCGUCCUCCUUGCCGCCCUCCACCACCCCGGUCACCGGCACCACGAGCACCACCCCCACCCCCACCCCCAGCACAGCAACGACCAUCUCCUCAACGACCCCGUCCUCAACCACUCCCAAUGUGUGCUGCUUCUGGUCCGACUGGAUCAACGAGAACCACCCCAGCAUGGACAGCACCGGUGGAGACUGGGAGAAAUUCGACAGUGUCUGCAGGGAACCCGAGGACAUCCAGUGCAGGUUGGCCACGGAGCCAGAGCUCAGCUGGGAGGAGACGGGCCAGAAGGUACGGUGCGAUGUCUCCUCAGGGUUCACUUGCCUCAACGAAGACCAGUUUGGAAACGGGCCGUUCGCCGUCUGUUAUGACUAUGAAAUACGUGUCAAUUGUUGCCUGCCGAUGUAUGAGUGUCCCGGGUCCCCAACCACGGCCCCAACCACCACCCCCUCAACCACAACCACCACCCCGACCACCACCAGCAUGCCUGAGUGCGUGCCUGAGUGCAAUUGGACUGGCUGGCUGGAUUCAGGGAAACCAGACAACACCAAACCGGGGGCAGACAUCGAAUCUGUCAAGGUCUGUGAACCAGGCUGGGCGGCCAACAUCUCCUGCAGAGCCGCCCAGUUCCCUGACGUCCCCCUUGGGCAGCUGGGGCAGAACGUGGAUUGCGACAUCAGUGUCGGGCUGGUGUGCAGAAAUGAAAACCAGAAGCCAGGGGGAUACAUGCCCCAGCCUUCUUGCCUCAACUAUGAGAUCAACGUCUACUGCUGUUCGUGGCCUCCACCCUGCAUCUCCACGCCUUCCCCUGUAACCACGCCGACCUCCCCGACCACCACCACCACCAGCACAGAGACCCCGACCCCGGCCUCGACCACCACCACCAGCAGCACGGAGACUCCGACCUCCACCCCGACCACCACCAGCACGGAGACCCCGACCUCCACCCCGACCACCACCAGCACGGAGACCCCGACCUCCACUCUGACCACCACCAGCACGGAGACCCCGACCCCGGCCUCCACCACCACCACCACCAGCACGGAGACUCCGACCCCCACCCCGACCACCACCAGCACGGAGACCCCGACCCCCACCCCGACCACCACCAGCACGGAGACCCCGGCCCCCACCCUGACCACCACCAGCACGGAGACCCCGACCCCCACCCCGACCACCACCAGCACGGAGACCCCGACCUCCACCCCAACCACCACCACCACCAGCACGGAGACCCCGACCCCCAACCCGACCACCACCAGCAUGGAGACCCCGACCCCGGGCUCGACCACCACCACCACCAGCACGGAGACCCCGACCUCCACCCCAACCACCACCACCACCAACACGGAGACCCCGACCCCCACCCCGACCACCACCAGCACGGAGACCCUGACCCCGGCCUCCACCCCGACCACCACCAGCACGGAGACCCCGACCUCCACUCUGACCACCACCAGCACGGAGACCCCAACUGCCACCCCGACCACGACCAGCACGGAGACCCCGACCCCGGCCUCCACCACCACCACCACCAGCACGGAGACCCCGACCUCCACCCCGACCACCACCAGCACGGAGACCCCGACCUCCACUCUGACCACCACCAGCACGGAGACCCCGACCCCGGCCUCCACCACCACCACCACCAGCACGGAGACUCCGACCCCCACCCUGACCACCACCAGCACGGAGACCCCGACCCCCACCCCGACCACCACCAGCACGGAGACCCCGACCCCCACCCCGACCACCACCAGCACGGAGACCCCGACCCCGGCCUCGACCACCACCAGCACGGAGACCCCGACCUCCACCACAACCACCACCACCACCAGCACGGAGACCCCGACCCCCACUCCGACCACCACCAGCACGGAGACCCCGACCCCGGCCUCCACCCCGACCACCACCAGCACGGAGACCCCGACCUCCACUCUGACCACCACCAGCACGGAGACCCCAACUGCCACCCCGACCACCACCAGCACGGAGACCCCGACCCCGGCCUCCACCCCAACCACCACCCCGACCACCACCAGCACGGAGACCCCGACCUCCACUCUGACCACCACCAGCACGGAGACCCCGACCCCGGCCUCGACCACCACCACCACCAGCACGGAGACCCCGACCUCCACCCCGACCACCACCACCACCAGCACGGAGACCCCGACCCCCGCCUCGACCACCACCAUCACAGAGACCCCAACCCCGGCCUCGACCACCACCACCACCAGCACGGAGACCCCGCCCCCGGCCUCGACCACCACCACCAUCAGCACGCGGACCCCGACCCCGACCUCCACCCCGACCACCACCAGCACGGAGACCCCGACCCCGGCCUCCAUCACCACGACCACCAGCACGGAGACCCCAACCCCCACCCCGACCACCACCAGCACGGAGACCCCGACCCCGGCCUCAACCACCACCACCACCAGCACGGAGACCCUGACCUCCACCCCGACCAUCACCACCACCAGCACGGAGACCCCGACCCCCACCCCGACCACCACCAGCACGGAGACCCCGACCCCGGCCUCCACCACCACCACCACCACCAGCACGGGGACCCCGACCUCCACCCCGACCACCACCAGCACGGAGACCCCAACCGCCACCCUGACCACCACCAGCACGGAGACCCCGACCCCGGCCUCCACCACCACGACCACCAGCACGGAGACCCCGACUCCCACCCCGACCACCACCAGCACAGAGACCCCGACCCCAGCCUCCACCACCACCACCACCAGCACGGAGACCCCGACCCCCACCCCGACCACCACCAGCACAGAGACCCCGACCCCAGCCUCCACCACCACCACCACCAGCACGGAGACCCCGACCUCCACCCCGACCACCACCACCACCAGCACGGAGACCCCGACCCCCGCCUCGACCACCACCAUCACAGAGACCCCAACCCCGGCCUCGACCACCACCACCACCAGCACGGAGACCCUGCCCCUGGCCUCGACCACCACCACCACCAGCACGCGGACCCCGACCCCGACCUCCACCCCGACCACCACCAGCACAGAGACCCCGACCCCGGCCUCCAUCACCACGACCACCAGCACGGAGACCCCAACCCCCACGCCGACCACCACCAGCACGGAGACCCCGACCCCCACCCCGACCACCACCAGCACGGAGACCCCGACCUCCACCCCGACCACCACCAGCACAGAGACCCCGACCCCAGCCUCCACCACCACCACCACCAGCACGGAGACCCCGACCCCCACCCCGACCACCACCAGCACAGAGACCCCGACCCCAGCCUCCACCACCACCACCACCACCACCAGCACGGAGACCCCGACCUCCACCCCGACCACCACCAGCACGGAGACCCCGACCCCGGCCUCCACCACCACCACCACCAGCACGGGAACCCUGAUCUCCACCCCGACCUCCACCAGCACGGAGACCCCGACCUCCACCCCGACCACCACCAGCACGGAGACCACAACCGCCACCCCGACCACCACCAGCACGGAGACCCCGACCCCGGCCUCCACCCCAACCACCACCAGCACGGAGACCCCAACCACCACCCCGACCACCACCAGCACGGAGACCCCGACCCCGGCCUCGACCACCACCAGCACGGAGACCCCGACCCCGGCCUCCACCCCAACCACCACCAGCACGGAGACCCCAACCACCACCCCAACCACCACCAGCACGGAGACCCCAACCACCACCCCGACCACCACCAGCACAGAGACCCCGACCCCGGCCUCCAUCACCACGACCAGCAGCACGGAGACCCCAACCCCCACCCCGACCACCACCAGCACGGAGACCCCGACCCCCACCCCGACCACCACCAGCACGGAGACCCCGACCCCCACCCCGACCACCACCAGCACGGAGACCCCGACCCCGGCCUCGACCACCACCACCACCAGCACAGAGACCCCAACCCCCGCCUCGACCACCACCACCACCAGCACGGAGACCCCGAUCCCGGCCUCGACCACCACCACCACCAGCACGGAGACCCCGACCCCGGCCUCGACCACCACCACCACCAGCACAGAGACCCCAACCCCCGCCUCGACCACCACCAGCACAGAGACCCCAAUCCCGGCCUCGACCACCACCACCACCAGCACGGGGACCCCGACCCCGACCUCCACCCCGACCACCACCAGCAAGGAGACGCCGACCCCGGCCUCGAGCACCACCACCACCAGCACGAAGACCCCGACCUCCACCACCACCAGCACGGAGACCCCGACCACCACCCCGACCACCACCAGCACGGAGACCCCGACCCCGGCCUCCACCACCACCACCACCACCACCACAACCAGCACGGGGACCCCGACCUCCACCCCGACCACCACCAGCACGGAGACCCCGACCCCGGCCUCCACCACCACCACCACCACCAGCACGGGGACCCCGACCUCCACUCUGACCACCACCAGCACGGAGACCCCGACCCCGGCCUCCACCACCACCACCACCACCAGCACGGGGACCCCGACCUCCACCCCGACCACCACCAGCACGGAGACCCCGACCCCGGCCUCCACCACCACCACCACCACCAGCACGGGGACCCCGACCUCCACCCCGACCACCACCAGCACGGAGACCCCGACCCCGGCCUCCACCACCACCACCACCAGCACGGAGACCCCGACCCCCACCCCGACCACCACCAGCACGGAGACCCCGACCCCAAUCUCCACCACCACCACCACCAGCACGGAGACCCCGACCCCCACCCCGACCACCACCAGCACGGAGACCCCGACCCCGGCCUCCACCACCACCACCACCAGCACGGGGACCCCGGCCUCCACCCCAACCACCACCAGCACGGAGACCCCAACUGCCACCCCGACCACCACCAGCACGGAGACCCCGACCCCCACCCCGACCACCACCAGCACGGAGACCCCGACCUCCACUCUGACCACCACCAGCACGGAGACCCCGACCCCGGCCUCCACCACCACCACCACCAGCACGGGGACCCCGGCCUCCACCCCAACCACCACCAGCACGGAGACCCCAACUGCCACCCUGACCACCACCAGCACGGAGACCCCGACCCCCACCCCGACCACCACCAGCACGGAGACCCCGACCCCGGCCUCCACCACCACCACCACCACCAGCACGGGGACCCCGACCCCCACCCCGACCACCACCAGCACGGAGACCCUGACCCCGGCCUCCACCACCACCACCACCACCAGCACGGGGACCCCGACCCCCACCCCGACCACCACCAGCACGGAGACCCCGACCCCGGCCUCCACCACCACCACCACCACCAGCACGGGGACCCCGACCUCCACCCCGACCACCACCAGCACGGAGACCCCGACCCCGGCCUCCACCACCACCACCACCACCAGCACGGGGACCCCGACCUCCACCCCGACCACCACCAGCACGGAGACCCCGACCCCGGCCUCCACCACCACCACCACCAGCACGGAGACCCCGACCCCCACCCCGACCACCACCAGCACGGAGACCCCGACCCCAAUCUCCACCACCACCACCACCAGCACGGAGACCCCAACCCCCACCCCGACCACCACCAGCACGGAGACCCCGACCCCGGCCUCCACCACCACCACCACCAGCACGGGGACCCCGGCCUCCACCCCAACCACCACCAGCACGGAGACCCCAACUGCCACCCCGACCACCACCAGCACGGAGACCCCGACCCCCACCCCGACCACCACCAGCACGGAGACCCCGACCUCCACUCUGACCACCACCAGCACGGAGACCCCGACCCCGGCCUCCACCACCACCACCACCAGCACGGGGACCCCGGCCUCCACCCCAACCACCACCAGCACGGAGACCCCAACUGCCACCCUGACCACCACCAGCACGGAGACCCCGACCCCCACCCCGACCACCACCAGCACGGAGACCCCGACCCCGGCCUCCACCACCACCACCACCACCAGCACGGGGACCCCGACCUCCACCCCAACCACCACCAGCACGGAGACCCCGACCCCGGCCUCCACCACCACCACCACCAGCACGGAGACCCCGACCCCCACCCCGACCACCACCAGCACGGAGACCCCGACCCCAGUCUCCACCACCACCACCAGCACGGAGACCCCGACUCCCACCCCGACCACCACCAGCACGGAGACCCCGACCCCGGCCUCCACCACCACCACCACCAGCACGGAGACCCCGACCCCCACCCCGACCACCACCAGCACGGAGACCCCGACCUCCACUCUGACCACCACCAGCACGGAGACCCCGACCCCGGCCUCCACCACCACCACCACCACCAGCACGGGGACCCCGGCCUCCACCCCGACCACCACCAGCACGGAGACCCCAACUGCCACCCCGACCACCACCAGCACGGAGACCCCGACCCCCACCCCGACCACCACCAGCACGGAGACCCCGACCCCGGCCUCCACCACCACCACCACCAGCACGGGGACCCCGGCCUCCACCCCGACCACCACCAGCACGGAGACCCCAACUGCCACCCCGACCACCACCAGCACGGAGACCCCGACCCCCACCCCGACCACCACCAGCACGGAGACCCCGACCCCGGCCUCCACCACCACCACCACCACCAGCACGGGGACCCCGACCUCCACCCCGACCACCACCAGCACGGAGACCCCAGCCGCCACCCUGACCACCACCAGCACGGAGACCCCGACCCCGGCCUCCACCACCACCCCCUCCACACCCACACCCACGACUGUGUCAGCGACGUCCACAGAAACGCUCACACCGCCAGGACGCCCGUCAUCCACUCCGCACAGGCCACCGACCACGAGUGCCACGACCUCCAGUGUGCACCCCCCCACGCUGACCCCAAUCUCCUCCCCCAGCAUUGUUGAAACUACAGGUUCCAUCACCAGCACAGCCCUGGAAUACUGUUGCGUUUUGAAUGACACAUACUUUGCCCCAGGUGAAACGGUGUAUAACGGCACGCAUGGGGACACCUGCUAUUACGUGAACUGCUCGCUGUCCUGCACCUUGGAGUUCUUCAACUGGUCGUGUCCGUCCACACCCUCCCCAACGCCCACCCCUUCCUCGCCAACGCCGGCCUCAACACCCAAACCACCCACGUCCAUGGCAUCGAGCACUCUGGCCACCACCAAGCCCCCUGGGUGCCUAGACUUUGAUCCUCCCAGAGAGGAGAACGAGACGUGGUGGCUGUGUAACUGCACCAUGGCCAUCUGCAAAUACGACAACAUAGUGGAGUUAGUGCAGGUGAAGUGCAACCCCCCACCCAUGCCCACCUGCUCCAACGACCUCCCGCCCGUGCGCGUCAUGGACCCUGAUGGCUGCUGCUGGCACUGGGAGUGCGACUGCUACUGCACAGGCUGGGGGGACCCGCACUACGUCACCUUCGACGGGCUUUACUACAGCUACCAGGGCAACUGCACGUAUGUGCUGGUGGAGGAGAUCCGCCCCACGGUAGACGGCUUCGGCGUCUACAUCGACAACUACCACUGUGACGUCAACGACCGGGUGUCCUGCCCCCGCACGCUCAUCGUGCGCCACGAGACCCAGGAGGUGCUGAUCAAGACGGUGCAGAUGGCCCCCAUAAAAGUGCAGGUGCAGGUCAACGGGCAGGCCGUGGCGCUGCCCUACAGGAAGUAUGGGCUGCAGGUGUCCCAGUCGGGCAUCAACUACGUGGUGGACAUCUCCAGGCUGGGCGCCCUCAUCUCCUACAACGGCCUGUCCUUCUCCAUCAGGCUGCCCCACCACCGGUUUGGCAACAACACCAAGGGCCAGUGUGGCACUUGUACCAACAACACCGCCGACGACUGCGUGUUGCCCAGCGGAGAGGUCGUUUCCAACUGUGAGGUCGCGGCCGACCAGUGGGUGGUGAACGACCCCUCCAAGCCACACUGUCCCCACGUCGGCGUCACCACCAAGCCCCCGGCUAGCACGCCGUCAGCGGGCAGCCCCACGCCCAAGGACUGUGCUUCCCCUCUCUGCGACCUCAUCAAAGACAGCCUGUUCGCCCAGUGCCACGCCGUGGCACCCCCCCAGCACUACUACGACGCCUGCGUGUUCGACAGCUGCUUCGUGCCCGGCUCGGGCCUGGAGUGCGCCAGCCUGCAGACCUACGCGACCCUCUGUGCCCAGAAGGGUGUCUGUAUCGACUGGCGGAACCACACCAACGGAGCCUGCUUGCUGACGUGUCCGCCUCACAGGGAGUACCGGGCCUGUGGUCCUCCAGAGGAACCCACCUGCAAGUCUGGAUCCUUCGAGAAGAACAACAGCAUCCUGGUGGAGGGCUGCUUCUGUCCCGAGGGCACCAUGAACUACGCCCCGGGAUUCGACGCCUGUGUGGACAUGUGUGGCUGUGUGGGACCUGACAAUGUGCCUAGAAAGUUUGGGGAACACUUUGAGUUCGACUGCAAGAGCUGUGUCUGCCUGGAGGGCGGGAGCGGCAUUUCCUGCCUGCCCAAGACGUGCAGCCAGGAGCCGCCCCAGUGCACGGAGGAGGGCACCUACCCGCUCACAGAGGUCAACCCCGCCGACACCUGCUGCAACAUCACGUCCUGCAAGUGCAACACCAGCCUGUGCCCGGCGACGCCGUCCAAGUGCCCACUGGGAUUUGAAGUGAAGAGUGAGAUCACACCCGGGAAGUGCUGCCCCACCUACACCUGUGUGCCCAAGGGUGUGUGCGUUCACCAGAAUGCUGAGUACCAGCCGGGGUCGCCAGUUUACUCCUCCAAGUGCCAGGACUGCGUGUGCACCAACCGCAGGAACAGCAGCACCGAGCUCAACGUCAUCUCCUGCACCCACGUGCUCUGUGACAACUCCUGCAGCCCCGGCUUUGAGCUGGUGGAGGCCCCCGGGGAGUGCUGUGGUAAGUGUGAGCAGACCCACUGCAUCAUCAAGAGGCCCGGCAAGGAACCCAUCAUCCUAAAGCCCGGGGACAUAAAGCAUGACCCCAAGAAUAACUGCACAUUCUUCAGCUGCGUGAAGAUUCACAACCAGCUCAUCUCUUCGGUCUCCAACAUCACCUGCCCCGACUUUGACCCCAGCAUCUGCCUCCCGGGUUCCAUCACUCUCAUGCCCAAUGGUUGCUGCAAGAAAUGCAUCCCUCGCAACGAGACCAGGACCUUCUGUUCCGCCAUCCCCGUUACCCGGGAAAUUUCUUUCGCCGGCUGCACCAACAAAGUCAGGAUGAACUACUGCUCUGGGUCCUGCGGGACCUUCGCCCUGUACUCGGCCGAGGCCCAGGCCCUGGACCACAGGUGCUCCUGCUGUAAGGAAGAACGGACCAGCCAGCGGGAGGUGGUGCUGCACUGUCCCCAGGGCGGCUCGCGGAGCCACACCUACACCCACAUCGAGAGCUGCCGGUGCCAGGACACCGUCUGCGAGCUCCCGCCGGCCCCGCGCCGCGUCCCCGGCCGCUCCCGGCGCUCCAGCCCCGGGGGCCUGCGCCCAGGAGGCGCUUGA